GGCGUCGCAGUGUUCGGCCCCAUCGCCGCCGGCGCCGUGACCCGAGCGGCUGUGGCCUGUUUGUUCUGGAGCGGCACAAUGGGUGGAGAGCGGCUGAAACCGGGUCUGAAGCGGCGCUCUCAUCCAGAGCCAUGACAGAGGUGAGAGACAGAUGCCGUCAUCGGCCACACGGGGGCGACAGAGAGGCCGCGCCCCGCGUGCAGCCACGUAAAACCCCGUCGCAUUUGCGUUAUUACGUUAAACAAAUCCCUCUGAGCCGAGCAGAAAGGUGACGCAUGAGGAAAACGCUGCCCUGUGCAUUGCUGAAUAAUCCUGCAGCAUCUGUAUAUACACGAGUCGCUCUCUGCUCCAGAGCCAAGGCACAAAGCAUGUGUUAAUCCUGCUGCUGCCAUAUAUACGUGUGGAACAGAACCAGCUGCCACGGGUCAGAAUGGAUCAUGGCAUCGACCAGACGGGCACCACAGAGUGUGGUCCUGACUCAGCUGAAGCAAGACGCGAGUGAACAACCCUAAAGCAGUACGUUGACCUGCUCGUGAUCUGGAUCUGCACAGAUCAUCAUCACUAGACACCAACAGCAUCUCCAUGAUAAACACAGCAUCCUACUGUGAAUAGGAAACUGCUGAUUUCCACUGCUCCUCAGGAACAGGCCGUGGAGCCAAGUGACCUGGAGUCCAACUGGACUUCUGUGUUUGACGUGAAGUAAACAGAACUCAGAUGGUUGUUGUUGUCUGAGCAGGACCGGAGCCCCGGGACCCGGGCAGCGGCAGAGUGGCAGCAUCAGAUGCUUCAGCAGUCACUCUGUCUAUGUUUAGCAGAGAGCUCGUAGCCAAAAGUGCACUGGAAAAUGCAUUCCUGCCUUGAAACCACAGCUUAGCAUUGUCUGCAGCUAUUACUCUAAUCAGACGGGGGGGUUCGAGGGGGGAACCAGACACACGUCCACCAUGGCUCCCAGAAAACCAUCUACUCCAGUCUGAACGCUCCACAUCACAUACACAGAGCAGCUGUGGGUUCAAAGACCAGAGCAACAGUGUCCUGCAGCCGGUUGGUUUAUCUGAGGCUCCUAUGAUAAGGAAGCAGAAAGCAGUCAUCUGUCAACACGAGCGUCACCUCCUCCCACAUGCUCCAUGAGCUGCUGCGUUUCUAUUUAAGUCGCCCAGUGAUUGGGAGGCGGGACUAAGAAGGGAAGCAGAUAAAACCCCGGCGCUCUCCUCUCCAUCACUGUGUGUCGUACUCGUCUCAGAGCAGCAUCCUCAGAAAAAGGGACAAUCGAAAUAGCCGAGAUGCCGGAGAGAGCACCAGAGGUAAGCUGCACGACUCCAUGACUGCAGAACCAAAUGCGCUGCUUUAAUGCCUGCGUUAUUUGCAGAGAAAGUCCAAAAUCUCAGCAUCUCGCAAGCUCAUGCUGAAGAGUCUGAUGGCGGCUAAAGCCAAAGAGGAGCUGCAGCAGGAGCUGGAGGAGAAGGAGGCUCAAAAGGCCCAAUACCUGGAGGAGAAGGCUGCUCCCAUCCGGACCGGCGGCCUGUCCUUGGCCGAGCUGCGGACGCUGUGCGAGGAGCUGCACGCCAAAAUAGACGCGGUGGACGAGGAGCGCUACGACAUCGAGGCCAAAGUGCUGCACAACAGCAGAGAGAUCAAGGACCUGAACAUCAAGGUGCUGGACCUGCGGGGGAAGUUCAAGAGGCCCAACCUGAGGAGGGUGCGGGUUUCUGCCGACGCCAUCCUGCGCUCGCUGCUCGGCUCCAAACACAAGGUGUCUCUGGAUCUGAGGGCCAAUCUCAGAUCGGUGAGGAAGGACGACGCAGAGAAGGAGAAGAGCGCCGAGGUGAGCGACUGGAGGAAGAACGUGGAGGCCAUGUCGGGAAUGGAGGGCCGCAAGAAGAUGUUCGACGCAGCCAAGGGCCCAACCAGUAAAGAGCAGUAAAAAGCUGAAAUGAGCACAGAUGCUUCACGAGGUCACGUGUCUGGAAGAUUUUUUACAAAGCCAGGUUGUCAGUGAUCUGCUGUUCAUUAUUGAAAUAAACACAUCUGCCUCUUGUUGGUUUUGACUACUAUAAAAA